UUACUGAUGUUCCUCGAGGUGGUCGACAUCACACCAGCGUCUGAGCCCGCAAGAGCUGCUUCUGAGCCACCUCCGUCCGCCGUUGCACCAUCUAAAUCAAAUUCUAUGUUUGAUGAGCCUGCUGUCGACCUCGCGGCAAGUACGCAGAGCAUUCGUUCCCAAGCGGCACCCGUACCUUCUACCACCGGCGAUGUAGCAGGCGCGAACCAGGAGAUGGGAUCCCCCAGACGGAGGUGAGCG